UCCUGGGCUUUCUCCCACCGCUUUCCUAGCCCGCUUGCACCUCGGCGAUCCCCGACUCCCUUCUUCAUGGCGUCGCUUCUGUGCUGUGGGCCGAAGCUGGCCGCCUGCGGCAUCGUCCUCAGCGCCUGGGGAGUGAUCAUGUUGAUAAUGCUCGGAAUAUUUUUCAAUGUCCAUUCCGCUGUGUUGAUUGAGGACGUUCCCUUCACGGAGAAAGAUUUUGAGAAUGGCCCCCAGAACAUAUACAACCUUUACGAGCAAGUCAGCUACAACUGUUUCAUCGCCGCGGGCCUUUACCUCCUCCUCGGAGGCUUCUCUUUCUGCCAAGUUCGGCUCAAUAAGCGCAAGGAAUACAUGGUGCGCUAGGGCCCGGGCGCGCUUCCCCGCUCCAGCCCCUCCUCUAUUUAAAGACUCCCUGCACCGCGUCACCCGGGUCGCGUCCCACCCUUGCCGGCACCCUCUGCGGGACUGGGUUUCCCGGGCGAGAGACUGAAUCUCUUCUUCCCUCUGUGGCAUCCGGCCCCCGUGGAGAGGGCUGAGGCUAGGGGGCUGUUCCGUCUCUCCACCCUUCGCUGUGUCCCGUAUCUCAAUAAAGAGAAUCGGCUCUCUUAUGCCCUGUGUCUGUGCUUCAGUGGGGGCGAGCACUGGGCUGAGACUGGAGGUCGGCCUCUGCCUAGGCAGUCCCGACCCCUGAGCGGAAGUGGAGUGAAGUGGUGCGGAAGUGAGGCGAAGGCUUCCCCCUUGGCCUGGGCGCGCCAAGCUGUCGAAGCGACUGCAUCUGAUGGGGCGGGGAGCCACAGGGUUGAGCCUAUCCGCUGCGGGAAGGGCGGGACUUCCUGCGCGGGGGCCUGAGCCGCUCCGUCUCCCUGCUCUCCGUGGUCCCGGCUCGCGUGUAGCGGCGGCGGCGGCGUCUCCGUGAGGAGGCGCGCGGGGCCAUGACGUCAGCGUCCACAAAGGUCGGAGAGAUCUUCUCGGCGGCCGGCGCUGCCUUCACGAAGCUCGGGGAGCUGACGAUGCAGCUGCAUCCUGUGGCCGACUCUUCCCCUGCGGGUGCGAAGUGGACGGAGACGGAAAUAGAGAUGCUGAGGGCUGCUGUGAAGCGAUUUGGGGACGAUCUUAAUCACAUCAGCUGUGUCAUCAAGGAACGGACAGUGGCUCAGAUAAAGGCCACUGUGAAACGCAAGGUAUAUGAAGAUUCUGGCAUCCCCCUUCCAGCUGAGUCACCCAAGAAAGGGCCCAAGAAGGUGGCAUCUGGUGUCUUGUCACCUCCUCCAGCUGCCCCUCCUCCCAGCAGCUCCAGUGUCCCCGAGGCCGGGGGUCCCCCCAUAAAGAAACAGAAGGCUGAUGUGACACUCAGUGCUCUGAACGACUCCGACGCCAACAGUGACCUGGUGGAUAUUGAAGGGCUAGGAGAAACUCCUCCAGCUAAGAAACUCAACUUCGACCAGGACAGCCUGACCCUGGAUUCUGGCCUUCUCAUGACCUCUGCUGAUCCUCCUCUCCUCUCCUGCUGAGCCUUCCACCUCUGACCUCUCACUGUUCACGCUGGACCUGUGGAUCUCCUGGGACUCCGAGCAAGGCCUGCACGAGAGAGGGCUGAAAGGCUGCUGGGGCUGCCACCUCGCUGUGCCCGCAUAAGCAUCUGCCCCCAACCCCCUUGACCUUCAUCUGAUGGACAUUUUUAUACAGAAAACAAUAAAGAUUUCCCUCUCAGCUU